AUGGUCGCCAGUCGACCACUGCCCAGACACAAGACUAAACCAGCAUGGAUGGUCCCCAGUCGACCACUGCCCAGACACAAAACUAAACCAGCAUGGAUGGUCCCCAGUCGACCACUGCCCAGACACAAAACUAAACCAGCAUGGAUGGUCCCCAGUCGACCACUGCCCGACACAAAACUAAACCAGCAUGGAUGGUCCCCAGUCGACCACUGCCCAGACCACAAAACUAAACCAUGGAUGGUCCCCAUGAUACUGCCCAGACACAAGACUAAACCAGCAUGGAAGGUCGCCAGUCGACCACUGCCCAGACACAAGACUAAACCAGCAUGGAAGGUCGCCAGUCGACCACUGCCCAGACACAAGACUAAACCAGCAUGGAAGGUCGCCAGUCGACCACUGCCCAGACACAAAACUAAACCAGCAUGGAAGGUCGCCAGUCGACCACUGCCCAGACACAAAACUAAACCAGCAUGGAAGGUCGCCAGUCGACCACUGCCCAGACACAAGACUAAACCAGCAUGGAAGGUCGCCAGUCGACCACUGCCCAGACACAAGACUAAACCAGCCUUAGUUCAGUGA